AACCCGACCGCGCGCGGUUCCAUGCUGUCGCUUGCUGGAUGUGGAUUUCAAGGACGACUUCAAACCAGGUCACCUCUGGGCAGUUGUGCCACUGUGCUUCGAAGAUGGCUGCGUGAACGCGCCCGACCUUCGCGAGCCAGAGAGAAGGUCUUUACUGUGGAUAGUCCAGCUGGAAAGCAAUGGCCGCCGAUGGAUCAGGUGGGAAAUCCCAUGACCCCGCAGAGGUGUAGAGAUUUGAUGCAUCAGCUGCAUCUCCAGGAAGUGGAGAAGAUGAAGCAGCAAAGAUCCUUCACCAUGCCCACCGUGAGGCCUGGAGACUUGGUUGAGGUGAAGUAUGAGCUGAGCCGUAGCCAACAGACCUUUGCAGUUUUUCAAGGCUAUUGCGUGACAGUGCGUAACAAGUACCUCAACUCGGGCUUUGUCUUGAAAAACACCUAUGAUGGUGUGGGUGUGGAGCAGCUGGUGCCAAAGUACUCGCCCCGGCUGAUGGGAGUUCGAGUGAUUCAACCUCUUCAGCCCAGGGCGCCGAGCAUCGACAAGCGGCCCUGGACCCGAAGCUAUCGUUAUUGCUGGCACUACUUUGUGCGCGGAAAAUACUCCUGGGGCAAACGCUUGCGCUGGAAAUUUCAUACGCCUCAACUGCCUGGUAUCAUGUCGCUGGAGCCGAAAAUCCGGCGGGAACUGGCGAAUGUGCGGCGCAAGUACCAGAUGCAGCGAGCUGAGGCCAAACUGCCCUCCUACAUCUUCCCUGGGCCCUACCACAUUACCCGGCGACAGACGCGAGAAAUCUCUGCGGAACGCUACAGACGUAUGUUGAUCUACGCCUGGGACGAGCGCCAAGCGCGUGCGGGCAAGAAGCGACGUCUGGCGGAGAAGCACAAGUGGGGCAAGUUCAGGAUCAACAAAGACCCAGAGACGACGGCGCUGUCUGAUCUGCCAACGUAUCAUCCGUUGAUGGAGAAUCUUCCCAAGUGACCAGGGUUGCUGAAAAACCGAUGGGAACAAUGGCC